AUGAAAACUAGGGUUUUAUAUCUAUCUUUAACCUAUAAUAAACCAACCUUCGCCCCUUUUGCUACGAGAGUAAGCUCCGUCCGCUCCUUGCAAAAUCAGAACUUCAGGUAAAGGUAAGACUUUGAGAGAUGGUUAAACACAACAAUGUCGUGCCAAAUGGGCACUUUAAGAAGCACUGGCAGAAUUAUGUCAAGACUUGGUUUAACCAGCCUGCAAGGAAGACCAGGAGACGCGUUGCUCGUCAAAAGAAGGCGGUGAAAAUCUUUCCUCGCCCGACAGCUGGGCCGCUUCGCCCCAUUGUUCACGGGCAGACUUUGAAGUAUAACAUGAAAUUGAGGGCUGGGAGAGGCUUCACUCUUGAAGAACUCAAGGCUGCAGGCAUUCCCAAGAAACUAGCACCAACUAUUGGCAUUUCUGUUGAUCAUCGCCGUAAGAACCGAUCCUUGGAGGGUCUUCAAGCUAAUGUUCAAAGGUUGAAGACAUACAAGGCCAAAUUGGUUGUCUUCCCAAGACGUGCACGCAAAGCUAAGGCUGGUGAUUCUGCUUCGGAGGAACUGGCAACAGCAACCCAAGUACAAGGCCCCUACAUGCCUAUCACUCUUGAGAAACCUACUGUGGAGCUUGUUAAGGUUACUGAAGAUAUGAAGUCCUUCAAGGCAUAUGGCAAGCUGCGUGUGGAGAGGAUGAACACACGCCAUGUUGGUGCCAGGCUGAAGAAGGCUGCAGAGGCUGAGAAGGAAGAAAAGAAGUAAAGUUGUUUGACUUGAUUACACAUAAUUUUGAAGUCUGAUGUUGGACUACUUUUUGCAUCUAGGAUUUGACUCUGGUUUUUAUAGUUAUUUUCAACUGUUAAUCUGGUUUAUAAGCCUUAAAAUUUCUUGGUUGUAUCGCAUGUGUAGACUUAUGCCUAUAUUUUUCUUUGAGUAUUUUAUUCAAUGAAGUAAAUUCUGGCACUUCUUAAGCUCUAAUGGCAAUGGUUAGACAUAUUUGUGGGUUC